AUGGAAUUUCCCACUAUUACUCUCGAGGAGCACUUUCUCUCAAAGAAUACAGAUGAUGGCCGGGCUCUACCAGCCUCAGCUUCCAAAACCUGGGAGCAGAUACGGGCUCACACGGGUUGGCUGAAUAAGCUCAAGGAUGUCAGCCCUAACGGCUCCCGAAUCAAGGCCAUGGACGCUGGCCGAGUGGGCAUGCAAGUGCUCUCCAACAGCUUUGGUGUCUCGUCCAGCAUCCCCAGUCUCGUGGCCGCCGCCAAUGACGAGCUUUCUGCUGCCACAGUCGCGCAACCACGCUUCAAGGGUUUCGCGUCUCUUCCCAUGAAACAUCCCUCAGAGGCAGUCAGAGAGCUUGAACGCUGCGUAAGCGAAUUGGGAUUUGUCGGGGCUCUCAUCGACAGUCAUCAGGACGACGGCCGCUAUUACGACGACCGUGAAGUCUGGCCUGUAUUCGCCAAGGCGGAGGAGCUAGACGUCCCCAUAUAUAUUCACCCAACCAUCCCGAUGGAGGGCGUUCAGUCGGCACUAUACGACGGCAAUUAUGAUAAUGACUUUGGACUCUUGCUAGGUAUUGCUGGCUGGGGAUGGCACUGCGACACGGCGCUCUCUAUCUUACGCAUGUACGGCGCGGGAUUGUUCAAUGCCUACCCGAAAUUAAAGGUUGUCAUUGGUCACAUGGGAGAGAUGCUACCAUUCAUGCUGGAUCGAAUCGAUGAGAAAGUGUCGCAAUUGGCGAUCGGUCAAAAGCAAAGCUUCAGAGAGGUCUGGGCUCAGAAUAUCUGGGUCACAACUAGCGGCAUGUUUACAUUGGCGCCAAUGGCAUGUCUCCUCCAGACCACAGCCCUCGACAGGAUAUUAUAUAGCGUCGACUAUCCAUACUCGACGACUGAACAGGGGCGCAACUUUUUGCAGCUGCUUGAACAGAGUGGCACAGUCACCAGGGAGCAUUUGGAAAUGAUUGCCUACAAGAAUGCAGCUGUGCUCCUAAAGUUAGAUGUGUAA